UUUGGAAGCGAGAGUGGUGGUGAUAAUAGUCGGUUUGCUCGAAAAUAAAGAUAUUUGUUGCGACCAACAAUCGUGUCACCCAUGCGAUGAUUAGAGCCAAACAAAAAAAUAUAUUUGCUUAAAGGGUAGACCAAUUGUUAAUUUUGUUGUGCUUUGGGCGAUAAACAUAACAUUUGCACCCACACUGUUACGCCUACAAAAAGAAGUGACGAUUGAAAAGUCGAUAACAAUUUUCUUUGAGUCUUUUCAAAUUUGCGAAGUGUAUAUGUACAUACAUAAAUUCUUUUUGUGUAAAUGUCGAUAAACAUUUUUGCCAGUGACCCAACCAAUUCUAUUAGUUAAGUCUUAUUAUACCCAGCAUGAAAUUUUUGUAGUAGUAAUCUAAUCAUCGCAUCGCGUUUAACUGUGGGAGAAUGAGUAACUACAUGUGAGCCGAGCCGAGCCAUUGGAUGAGCGACUGCCCACGGCUUACGCAUAUUUAUUUCUUUUUAUCUCGAGUUUGCAAAACUGUCAGUGUUGACGUUGUACGAAAAGGAAAGUGUCAGAGUGAAAGGACAACGACGACGCGGGCGAACAUCGAAAUUCCCAUUGUAGAGAAUUACAUAGUUUGUUAACAAGAAUACUGCUGUAUUGCAAUUGCAGAAGUGUGCAGAACGCAGAGCGCAGAGAUUAAAACACAAAACAACUGGACGAGGCAGGAACAGACGUCCGUCGCGCAGUUCGAUUUCGAUCUAAAUCGCAGAAUCUAAUCUAUACAAAUUGUGAAAAUGGAUAGCCUUAUAACGAUUGUAAAUAAGCUGCAAGAUGCGUUCACAUCGCUUGGCGUGCACAUGCAAUUGGAUCUGCCGCAGAUCGCGGUGGUCGGCGGUCAAUCAGCUGGCAAAAGUUCUGUUUUGGAGAACUUCGUUGGCAAAGAUUUCUUGCCCCGAGGCUCUGGUAUUGUGACCCGUAGACCUCUAAUAUUGCAACUGAUCAAUGGAGUUACCGAGCAUGGCGAGUUCCUUCACUGCAAAGGCAAAAAGUUUACAAGCUUUGAUGAGAUCAGAAAAGAAAUCGAAGAUGAAACGGAUCGUGUGACCGGAAGUAACAAAGGCAUUUCAAACAUUCCAAUUAAUUUGCGCGUGUAUUCGCCGCAUGUCCUCAAUCUGACUCUGAUUGAUUUGCCAGGCCUAACAAAGGUGGCAAUCGGCGAUCAGCCAGUAGACAUUGAGCAGCAAAUUAAGCAGAUGAUAUUCCAAUUUAUUCGCAAAGAGACUUGCUUAAUUCUGGCUGUGACCCCGGCCAACACCGAUCUGGCCAACUCGGAUGCGCUCAAGCUGGCAAAGGAGGUGGAUCCGCAGGGAGUGCGCACCAUCGGUGUGAUAACAAAGCUCGAUCUUAUGGACGAGGGCACCGAUGCCCGUGACAUUCUCGAGAACAAGCUGCUUCCCCUGCGCCGCGGCUACAUUGGCGUGGUGAAUCGCUCACAGAAGGAUAUCGAGGGACGCAAGGAUAUCCACCAGGCACUUGCCGCCGAGCGCAAGUUCUUCUUGAGCCAUCCAUCCUACCGUCACAUGGCCGACCGUCUUGGAACUCCCUACUUGCAAAGGGUCCUCAACCAACAACUCACUAACCACAUACGGGACACGUUACCUGGCUUGCGAGACAAGUUGCAAAAGCAGAUGCUCACCUUGGAGAAGGAGGUUGAAGAGUUCAAACACUUUCAGCCAGGCGAUGCCAGCAUCAAGACAAAGGCUAUGCUCCAAAUGAUUCAGCAGCUGCAGUCCGACUUUGAGCGAACAAUUGAAGGCAGUGGCUCGGCUUUGGUCAACACAAAUGAGCUCUCAGGUGGCGCCAAGAUCAAUCGCAUUUUCCAUGAGCGACUACGCUUCGAGAUAGUUAAGAUGGCUUGCGAUGAAAAGGAAUUACGACGAGAGAUCUCAUUUGCAAUUCGAAACAUUCACGGUAUUCGCGUUGGCCUCUUCACACCCGACAUGGCGUUCGAGGCCAUUGUUAAAAGGCAAAUUGCAUUGCUCAAGGAGCCGGUAAUAAAGUGUGUCGAUCUAGUCGUGCAGGAACUUUCGGUGGUUGUGCGCAUGUGCACAGCUAAAAUGAGUCGAUACCCACGUUUACGUGAGGAAACAGAACGUAUUAUCACAACACAUGUUCGCCAACGCGAGCACAGUUGCAAGGAACAAAUUCUUCUGCUUAUCGAUUUUGAGCUGGCCUACAUGAACACCAACCAUGAGGAUUUCAUUGGUUUCGCCAACGCUCAAAACAAAUCAGAGAAUGCCAAUAAAACUGGCACUCGUCAGCUUGGCAACCAAGUUAUUCGCAAGGGUCACAUGGUCAUACAAAACCUUGGUAUCAUGAAAGGUGGAUCGCGUCCCUAUUGGUUUGUGUUAACAUCCGAGAGUAUCUCCUGGUACAAGGACGAGGAUGAGAAAGAAAAGAAAUUUAUGCUGCCGUUGGAUGGUUUAAAAUUGCGUGAUAUUGAACAGGGAUUUAUGUCAAUGUCUAGACGUGUUACAUUUGCUUUAUUUAGUCCCGAUGGACGUAAUGUUUAUAAGGACUACAAACAACUGGAGCUGUCCUGCGAGACUGUCGAGGAUGUGGAGUCGUGGAAAGCUUCCUUCUUGCGAGCUGGUGUCUAUCCCGAAAAGCAAGAGACUCAGGAAAACGGCGACGAGGAAGGACAAGAGUCGGCCAGUGAGGAGAGUUCCACCGAUCCACAGCUAGAACGUCAGGUCGAGACCAUUCGCAAUCUGGUUGACUCCUACAUGAAGAUCGUUACGAAGACCACGCGCGACAUGGUACCCAAAGCGAUUAUGAUGCUCAUAAUUAACAAUGCCAAGGACUUUAUCAACGGUGAGCUUCUGGCACAUCUCUACGCAUCUGGUGAUCAGUCCCAGAUGAUGGAGGAGUCCGCCGAGUCGGCCACACGACGAGAGGAGAUGCUGCGUAUGUACCGCGCCUGCAAGGACGCAUUGCAGAUUAUAGGCGACGUGUCCAUGGCAACGGUGUCCCAGCCAUUGCCUCCUCCGGUUAAGAAUGAUUGGCUACCCAGUGGCCUGGAUAAUCCACGCCUCUCCCCUCCAAGUCCGGGUGCUCCCCGCAAGCCAGCACCUUCCGCACAGGGCACCAUGGGUGGACGGAACCCACCGUUGCCGCCAGCUACAGGUCGUCCAGCUCCAGCGAUCCCGAAUCGCCCAGGAGGUGGAGCACCACCACUACCUGGCGGUCGUCCCGGAGGAGCUCCCCCACCAAUGCUACCGUCUCGUGUCUCUGGAGCUGUCGGCGGUGCUAUUACCCAACAAACGGGCGCUAAUCGUUAUGUACCGGAGAGUAUGCGUGGACAAGUUAAUCAAGCCGUUGGCCAAGCAGCUAUCAAUGAGUUAUCAAAUGCCUUUAGUUCCCGAUUCAAGUAAAUCAAGCAAAAAUAAGCACAAUACGCAUAAUAAUUAUUAACGAAUAGCAAGCACGUACGCGUCAUCACAUACCAUCAAAGAAUUUGAAGCUUAUAAGAUGUCUGUUGGUUUUAAAUCUAUGGUAAAACUCUUCGGUGUAACACUACACACUAUGUACACACUACACACUACACACUACACACUACACACUACACACUACACACUACACACUACACACUACACACUACACACUACACACUACACACUACACACUACACACUACACACUACACACUACACACUACACACUACACACUACACACUACACACUACACACUACACUUCUACACUCAAAUUACUUUAAUUGCUAUCGAAUUGAUUUCAUAAAGCAACAUUUACUUCUUAAAGUAUAUUAAAAACAUGAAAUAAAUAAAUUUAUUUUUCAAAAAUGAGUAUUUAUAUGUAAAAAACAAUUUUAGGUUUAUAGUUUUGUUGUUGUAACAUUGCAGAGGGUAUUAUAGUUAUUAGAAAAGCAGUAAAAUAGGCGUUAUUGCAACUCAAAAAUGUGCAAUUAGACAUGCCUGCAGGAGUUAUUGUGUCUUCAGAAGUGCGGUAACGCCUAAUCGCGGUGUAAAUUAGCACUAGCGUGUGUUUUUGUACUUUCCGAGUGCAAUCAAGCCUGUUUUUUUUUUUUUGUAGCUUAUAUAAAAAUAAAGAAACGUUAAUUGCAAUGUUAAAAUGCUUCUACAUUGAUGGUAAAACAAAACUAUGUAUUCACUUUAAAAUAUGUAUUAACUAUCUUCAAGGCAAACAAAAAUAAAUAAAUGUGAACAAAUAAAUUUAGCAUCGAUGUAACCGUGUUGCGACAAAGAAUUACAAAUUAUUUAAAAUCUAUUCUACACAGAAAUAUUAUUAUUGUGUUAAGGUUAAUGUCUUUAAUGAUUCUUGUUUAUAGUCGUAUGUUAAUAAGAAAUACAACUAAAAUGAAA